AUGACUUCCUUAGAUGUGGACGGAGAUAAAGAACUGAGACUGGUUAACAACGUCGAGCUCAAGAUUGCGCUAGCUGAUACCGAUGAAAAGCUUCAACGUCUACUGAAUCUUUAUUUGCCACCUUUGAUAUUGAAGCUUGCGAGCCCGCACGCCUCAGUUCGGAAUAAGGUGAUAUCGAUAUGUCAGCAUGUCAAUACCCGGAUUAGGCCGGUUACAAUAAUAUUGCCCGUCGCCGCUCUUCUCAAGCAAUUUAAAGACCCCGAGAUCGGCGGGCGUUACUCGCUUGUGCGUAACUUCGAUUUGAUGUAUGUCCAGACUGGUAUCGAGCGAUUACCUGUCUCGGAGCGGUUAGAACUACUCCCACCCUUGCUAAAAGAUAUAUCAAAACACGAUAACGUUAUUCAUCAACGCUCGCUAUUCGAUAUCUUGUUAAAAGUACUGGUCCAUUUUGAGCCCCCGAAUAGGGGAACCCAAGAUGAUCUUGCUCUGAGAACUAAAAUGGGGUUCCACGAGGGCAGUGGCGGCGAAGAUGCUGUUUGGGUGGCGGGGUGGUUCAAGCGAUUAAUGCUACUCAAUCUAUCAGUUUUUGCGAGUAGCAACACAUCGGGGCAGUUGAAUUGCCCAGGGAUUUCGGCGGGAGAGUUUGACUUCCUGACCCUAGGUGGAAAGAAAGAGACCUUCAGCCCGUUUGCAGUCUUGACGGAUAUAAAAAAGGCUGUGCUUAGGUUUCUCGCUUCGGGUGCAUUUACGGAUCAGGAGAGGUUUUUCCCUAGUCUCGUCGGAGCUUCUGAUACGAAUUCGGCAGUUGCGGAGCCUGCAGAAGAUGUCUUCAAGCGUUCACUGCCGUCGGUGUCCUUGGAUGACGGGGGGGUAGUCCAGGAACUAUACCAACUUUACUUUGGUAAUCCGGGAAAUGCCAUACCACCGGUAAAGGUUGUACUCCAAGCCCGCAUUGUCGGGCUAUUGGCGAAAUCGACGGAAGCCAUUGGAGAGCAAUGGGGGAAUCAAAUUGUUAAGAUUGUGGAAAGUGGCCUCGAAACAGACUACUCUCGGCUUAGACAAGCUGCCUUCACCUUUGUAAACUGGGCAUCGAGGAUGGGUGGGGGAAAGGUUAUGGCAGCCGUUGCGGUUGAUGUUGUGGAGAAGAUUAGGUACUGGCUACUGUCUACUAGCCCAGAAGACGGAGGAGGGGCUGGCGGAGACGACCUGAGGGGUUAUGCAUAUGAAAGCCUCGGGUUAUUGGUAAAGAGGGCCCCUGGAAUUGUGGUAGAGAAGGAUUGGAGGAUUUUAAAAUUUUUGUUUGGGAGGUUGAGAGAUGAGCCCGCGGGAAGUGUGGCUGUUAGUGUUGAGGGGGCGCUAGCCACAUUAUUACCCACUAUAGCGAAGCAACCACUUGAUAGAGAAACGGAGGAGAGCUUAGAGGAACUGAUAAUAGAACAAAUGAUUGCGGGUAAAGGAAGAAGUACAAGAUUUUCGGCGGUCAGAUACGCUAAUCGCAUCUUGGAGUUCGGGAAUGUUGAAGGGCGGUGGGUGAAUUUACUGGCUCUCGGAAGGAAGGGGGAGAGAGACGAGGUUGUGGAGGAGGCUAAGAAAGGUCUACAUCCCUAUUACUAUCGUCUUAUCAAUCCAGAGGAAAGUUAUCCUGUAGCGACGGAUGAAAAUUCCAUGGAAAUCGAUACUCCCGAGGCUAAGAAGCCGAAUAAAUAUACCUUUCCAAGUUUCUCGGAUCUUAUUAAUUACUUAUUCCCUCACUCGGCACAGAGCGCUACUACCUGGACUGCCCAAGAGAGCAUUGUCGCAGGUUUGAUGCCCCCGGAGGUCUUCGCAACAGCUGUCUCUUUUUGUCGGAGAGUAGGACUUAUGGAAGCGCUCGGCAAUGAAGAGGUAGUCGUGGACGAAGACUGGGAGAGAAAGUUGGAUGCAGCUGUUGAGCGCGACGAGGGUAUAAGACACAAGGUCCAGAUUUACUUUAGUAAAUUAGGAGAGGAAAAUAGUUGUAUACUCAAUAGGUUCAUGGAAGUGGCGUGGCUUGGUAUGGUUUGGGAUGGUUCGGGCUUGGAUGGUAUUAGAGACGUCUGGGUGGAUCUCGUGGGUGUUGUUCCCGAAAAGUCAUGGGAAAACUCGGUGCGAAAGCUUGAAUCAUUAAAAACGGCUGUCCUAACAGGAACAAAGAGCGAAGACAGGGUGGUGGCUUCCAGAGCCCUGGGUAUUGUUGGGAGUCACGAGGCCCUAGGAGAGAAUAUAUUACUGUCUAUGACGGAGGAGAUGGUCACUUAUGCCCACGGCUUGGACAAGACCUUCGGAGUAGAAAGUGGGAAGGUUCAUGGCGGAAUACUAACAUUGGGAUUUCUCCUGUCGAGACUAAAGCUUCGUGGGCGUCUCGGCUCCUUGCCGAAGGAGCUAGUACACAAGGCUGUAGGUGUUCUUGUCAAUGCACUUCUAGAAGCAAGAGAUCAAACUAUUCUUGAUGCCGCCGUCCAAUCCUUCUCGGAAAUCUCCAUCUUUGCAGUUGUUCACGGGGACUACUUUCGAAAGACCUACGCAGGAAUCCUGGAUCGCCUGACUGAGCUCGGCAAAAAGGGGAAAGAAAAAGCGGUUCUUGCGAUUGGUCACUUAGCGAUCGUGUUUCCUUCAUCCGAUAAACCUAUUAUUGACAAGCUUCUGCAAGCUCUUUUCGCGUUCCACGAGAACAGACAGGUUGAGAUUAAUUUUGCUACCGGUGAAGCCAUUGCUUGCCUUGCCGGGGGGUGGCAGAGUAAAUCUGUUCGUGGAAAGGUUGACAUUGCAGGAUAUGAAAAUGCAAAGCCUGCUGAGGAAUUGGCUAAGUGGAGGCUAGGAGAAGUUCUGGAAGCAGUACUGGGCAAGGUGUCUGACACAAAGCCUAGUUUGAGGAAGGCUGUAUGUGUCUGGAUGCUGUGCUUGUUGGAAUUCUGUGGAGAGGAGCAACAGGUGAAGUCCAAACUUGGGGAAAUGCAAAAAGGAUUUAGGGGAUAUUUGGUAGACAGAGACGAGCUUGUCCAGGAGACCGCGGCGAGAGGAUUGACAAUGGUUUACGAAAAGGGCGAAAAGGAAACUAAAGAUGAUCUUGUCCGGAACCUCGUUUCAUCCUUCACAGGUGAGAAAACUCGCACCUUGGCCGGAAAUGUAUCGGCAGAAACGGAGCUGUUCGAACCCGGAGCCUUGCCAACUGGGGAUGGAAGUAUCUCCACCUACAAAGAUAUUAUGUCCCUUGCUUCAGAAGUGGGUGAUCCGAGCUUGGUUUACAAAUUUAUGUCACUUGCUCGCCAUAAUUCUCUAUGGUCUUCACGGGCAGCCUUCGGCCGUUUCGGACUGGGGAGCAUUCUUUCCUCUUCUGACGUCUUGAAGCACAACCCUAAAUUAUACCCAAAACUUUAUCGGUACCGCUUCGACCCUAACCCCAAUGUCGCUCGCAGUAUGGAAGACAUCUGGAAGGCUCUGGUCGGGAGUGAUGAGAGAAAUGUCCUGGAAGCACAGUUCGACAAUAUAAUUGAAGACCUGCUUAAAUACGCUGUAGGGCGAGAGUGGAGGACCAGAGAGGCGAGCUGCAAUGCUCUUGGAGAGCUUGUGCAAGGAAAGAAAAUUGACGAAUAUAAACCAUACUUGGAGAAAAUCUGGAGUACAUCAUUCCGGGUCCUUGAUGAUGUUAAGGAGAGUGUUCGGAUCGCUGCGAUGAAACUCUGCAGGGGGCUGACACAAGCGAUGGUUCACAACGUCGAUAUGGCCUCAGGGGGUAGCCGGAAAGAGGCAGAGGCUAUUUUAGAGGGCGUUAUGCCAUUCUUGAUGGGCGGAAGGGGGCUGGAAGCGGAGGCCAAGGAGGUGCAGUUAUUUGCAUUACGAACUCUCCUUCAGCUCGUAAAAGCAGGAGGGCCGGUACUCCUUCCGUACAUUCCAGACCUUGUGGACAAAUUCGUGCAGCUCUUGAGUUCCCUUGAGCCGGAGGUGGUCAAUUACUUGCAUUUGAACGCAGAUAAGUACAAUACCACUGGUGACGAUAUUGACCGUAUUAGGCUAGCCCAAGUUCGGGCAUCGCCAAUGAUGGAUGCCAUUGAGCGAUCCUUGGAUCUAUUGGACAGAGACACUAUGAAGGUCUUUGUGCCCAGGUUCGAGAAAACCAUAAGGAAAGCAUUGGGCUUACCAUCUAAAGUAGGAUGCAGCCGCAUUAUCGUGACUCUAGUGGUCCGGCAUGGGUCCAUCGCCAAACCUUUCGCAGAUGAGCUCCUCAAAACUAUGCAGACUUCGAUGCACGAUCGCAAUGAGACAGUGAUGGCAAGCUAUGCUAGUGCUGCUGGCUAUCUCUGCCGAUUAGCUAGUGACGAAAAAAUAUUGAGCUUUGUAGGAUAUUCUAGAAAGCUAUAUUUUGAGGGUGAAGACGAAAAGCCCAGGGCACUAGCUAGUGAAAUGGUUUACUCCUUGUGCAAAAACGCCACGGAUCGUUUUAAUUCUCUGGCCGUGGACAUAUUGCCCUUCAUUUUCGUCGGGAAGCAUGACCCACACACAUCCAUCGCUGAAGUCUUCACGAAGGCCUGGACAGAAAAUACUGGUGGGACAGGCGCGAUCAAACUUUAUUUUGGGGAGAUCAUUUCACUAGCACAGACUCACCUUUCCUCUCCGCGAUGGGCGCUCAAACAAACAGCAGCAUUAAGCUUGGCCGAUACAUGCAAAUCAAUCGGUAAGGAUGUUACAACCGAUCAAGUUGACUUGUUGUGGCCUGUGUUGGUAUCGGCAACAUCGGGAAAGAGUUGGGAUGGAAAAGAAGCUGUUCUUGAUGCUCUUGUUUCUCUCGCCGCGAAUGCUGUUCAAUAUUUUGAGAAUGACCAAGCCAAAUUGCAAGAACUAUCAACGAUUGUGUUGAGGGAAGCAAGGCGUAAAAAUGCUGCUUAUAGAAGCAUUGCAAUAAAGAGUCUGGGUGACUUUGCCAACGGGUUUGCGGCUUUGAAUCUUUUUGAGGAGGUAUACGAUAUUGUUGUGGACUCGGUUAAAGACGAGUCUGAAGAUAAAAUGGAUGUUGACGUCGCCGCCGACGGGCGCUCUCUGAAAACUAUAGAGGAAAGAACUUUAGCAAAUGGUCUGGUUACGCUUUGCCAGGCUUUCAGACCAGACUCCAAUUCUAAAGGAGCAAAAGCCCGCGCCGAUGCCUUAAAGACCUUUGAAUUUGUACAGGCCAAGCUCGCGGGCGCCAACUACGAUCUCAAAAUACGCGGGAUUGGGGGUAUAGCAACUGUUCUCCGUCGUCUGUCCACUACAACACUGGGAGAGCAGGACUGGAAUGAUGUUCUCGGCAAAGCCUGGUUCCAGGUCAACCAGUGUCUCACUGAUCGAAGCAAUGAGAACGUUCGUAUCAAGGCUGCGGAAGCCACCAUGCAGAUGCUCAAGCUGCAGGGGCACGGAAGCUUAUGGGAUGAUGUGCGCGUGGACCUCCAACUAGCGUUGGCUGAUGAACACUCACCAAUGGUUCGCCAAGCGUUGGGAACUGACUUUGAGCGGUUUGUGCGGGAGGGGUGACUGAUAUGGUAACCAUAUGAUAUAUGAACUUUUAGCUUGAAGGGUUAAUAUAUAUUUCCAUUACUACUGGAA